AUGAGUAGCGACAGCAAUCAGAAUAACCACAAACGGGCUGGCUACGUCGUGCGCGAGACUCCAGUGCCGCUUCCCUCAUACGUUGGUGUGCACAAAAGCCAGACCUCAGCAGCUCCAGCUCCAGCUCCAGCUCCAGCUCCAGGUCAAAUUCAACAGCCACAACAGUCAGCACCACCGAAUAGUCAAACCCUUGAAGAUCCAACCCUCCCAGCCGUGAACCUAUUUACCGAACCCACAGACAAUAGCAACACCAUGUCGUCUUCAGGUCGGCAACUGAGGAGUAGACGACCUCCACCAGAAGCUCCUGCUCCUCCUCCACCCUCUCAGCCGCCUUCGAAGAAACGAAAAGCUACAUCAUCCCGAACCGCUCCUGAGCCUGCCCAGGAACCUGCCCAACAAGUCCAACCACCACUGCCACAUGACGGAAAUGGAGAACAUCGGGAAGAUACCAGGGACAUGCCAAUCCUAAGACCUCCUCACCAAACAGUUGCGUCGCCGCCGCAGGGGCACGCCGAUGACAUCUACAGGAUGCCCCCUCUGCCCCCUUACCUGUCCGCUCAGCCGCGCAUCUGCGAACCGGCCGACAACUACCGAGGGUGGACGACUCCGCUAGAAUUCAGCUACAAGAUGCCUGUACACCCGCUCACCUUCUACGGCUCCUUCGACAUCUGGUUCGAGCAGGUGCAGAAGAUGGCCGAGGCCAGCAACUGCUCGAUCGAGCUGAACACGCGCAUCGGCAAGUUUCCCGACCCGGGCACCGUCGAGGCCUUCAUCUGCCAGACGCGCUUCCUGAGCUGCUGGCGGAUCCUGCACGGCACCAUCUCGGGCGCCUACUGGGCUUACAUGCGCGUUCUGGGUUACAGCCGGAUCCCCGUAUUCACGGGCGCUCCCGACAACGACAACGACGGCGGCGAAGGAGGAGUUGGCGUGCAUUUCGGGUCCGGGUCUGUAUGUCAGUGGCAGCCUCAGCCGAGUGACUGCGUGUACUUUGCUCUGGAGGUCAGGAAGCGCGUGUUGGUGCCCAAUUCGGACCAGCAGCCGCGGUACCAGACAAUGAGGAUGGUGGAGGAGGUAAGGUCUGCCAAAGUGAGCGAUUACCCGAGUGCGGCGCAGUACAGGGAGGGUAUGGCGUGGUUGAAGGAGGUCUUGAACGGCAUGAUCCUGAAGGGCGACAGGCAGGUGUGCGAGUCCAUGUACGACCGCAAACCGGAUUGGGCGCCUGAGUGGCCCGAGGUGCCGGCGGGUGGGGAUUUGGAAACUCCUUGGGCUUUAAAGGGAAGCCCGUUGCGGGCGGAGGAUGCAUUGGGCGGCGAUUCUAACGGGAUAUCCGGAGCGAGCAGCAGUUCGAGGAACGCUGGUCAUAUCUGGCAACAACAGCAUCAACCUCAACAGCAACAAGAGUCGGCCUACCAAAUCGACCCGAGACUCGAAGCUGGUCCGUCAGACCACCAGCAACAACAAAACAACAACCACGCAAUAGCCCGCCUAGCACCCAUGAGCGUCUCCUCCAGUGACGGCGACUACAGCUACGGAGGCGACAACAACGGCUCAGUUGACUACACAAACAACAACAAUCACAACAACCAACUGAUUUUCAUGGACGGAACCGCCAGUGGCGCCGCCGUCGCGGCCGCAGAAGUACAUGGCUUAGGCGGCCCUGCGGUAUCGCGAGCGAGGUACAAACGACAACAACAACAACAACAACAACAACAACAACAACAACAACAACAACAACAACCAGCAUUCUGCCACCGCUAA